AUGUCGCCGCCAUCUUGUCAUGCUGUUGAGCAACCCCUGCCUUCAGGCUCGAGGUUACCUCAGCUGACUUUGCUGCGGUCGGCCACCCCUGCCCCUGAUGACGAAGAUUACACUGGCCUUGAACUAGACGCGACCAGCAGCACUGAAGCUAGUAACGCUCGAACCGCGUCUCAAACCGGCUCACCACACGUCCCUGCGGACGUCGAUUCCUCGGCCGAAGUUGAGAUGAAUAGCAAUCAAGCACUUAAUGUGGACGUGACCGAGCCUGACCAAGCCGGCCCCGCUCCGUCUGGAUACCUUUCCGACCCUGUUGGCUUUUCGAUCGGACCUAAUGACGCCCCGGCGGACGAUGCCUCUUCUGCCGAUGCCGGCGGGGAUAGUGACUAA